CGACGACGUGUUUGAGUGCAGUUGCUGUUGCUGAAAGAAGGUGUCUGCGGGCGACGCCUUUAUGCGUGUUUACAGGGGUUCUCUCUGCUUAAUGUUGCUGAAUUAGAUUGCGAAAAUGGAUUUUGGGGAUUUAUUCGAUGAGCGGAUGUUUCCUUUCUCUGACUUCCAGGAGUUUACGUUUGUCCCGGGACACCAGAGACUUUCUGAACGCUUGAGGAAGCGUCUUUACUACGGUCUGGAUCAAGAUGCGUCUCUAGAUACACUGUCCUGUCCUGUUACUGAUAUCGCCGUCGAACUGUUCCAGAAGUCCGCCCCGAGCCCUAUACGGAAACUCCGCAAAAAAUAUGCAUCACAUGUAGCCAGAGAAGCGUGCAUCUCCCCCUGCGCUAUGAUGCUGGCCCUGGUUUACAUCAAAAGACUCCGACACAGAAACCCUGAGUACCUGCAGCAGAUCUCGUCCUCCGACCUCUUCCUGAUAUCCAUGAUGGUUGCCAGUAAAUACCUGUACGACGAAGGUGAAGAGGAGGAAGUUUUCAACGAUGAAUGGGGCGCCGCUGGGAAGCUGGACGUCCAGACGGUCAACACACUGGAGCUGAAUUUCCUCAGUGCCAUCAACUGGUGCCUGUUCACCGAGCCAAGCGAGCUCUUUAAUGCGCUCAGCCAACUGGAAACCUGCAUCGCGGAGCGGCAGGGUACGAAGCGUGGCUGGUACACGUACACUGACCUGUGCGUGCUGCUGGAGCAGGCCAACUGGAGGAACGUGCUCAUCGCCGCCUACCAGCACUUCGCCAAGGUCACAUGUAUGCUCGGUCUCCUGUACCUAACGAGCAUCGCUGGUCUCCUUGCCACGUCCGCGGCUCUUCACCAGCUCAACCUCCUGAAUGUCGAGCCCGUAAAUCCCGCCCUCUUUCAUCCUCACGGCUCGGCUGCGUCCCUCCAUCCUCGCUGCUGCGUCCUCGGCAACACCACCCAAAAACCCGAACACGCCCCGGAUCUCCACCAGCGGCACCACCACCGCCAUCACCAGCACCACGUCCCGACGACUUCUUCCGCCCUCCAUCCGAACUCCGCCCUGUCUCUGUGGAGCUCGCUCCUCUCCGCUCUCAUUCGUUCAGACACCCAGACCUCGGAGCUUCCCGCAUGCGGCGCUCAGAACCUCACCUCAUUCGCCUGGUUCUCCUCUCCCGAUCUCCUCGCUCAGACGCCUUUCCUCCCACAUGCGCACCCGAGUCCGCUAGCCGCGUUUCACAGACACAGCUGUUGCACAGAAGCUGCAGUGCCUUAUGGGAAGGCACAGGUUCUCCUCAUACCCACUUAAAGAACGCGAGAUUCAUGUCUUUCAACGUUUGUUUAUAAUGUCACUACUUUUUUUUCUUUCUUCGGUGGGAUUUUAUAUAUUUAACACCUUCCAUAAAUAUAAAAGCACUUUCAUCCAACGGGGCGAGGGUUGAGUUUGAGCAGAGUGUCGGGGGAUGGCACUUUUACAGAAACAAAUUACAAACUUAUAAAGUUAUAUAAACAGCUAUCAAUAACUUCUGAAGUGUUUCAGGUGUUUGACAAGCACUCGGGUUGCCAGUUACACCCAGAAUGAAAUCCCCUUUAAAUUUUUGUAUAUUUUUAAAAUCACAUGAAACAAAAUGGACUCUACGUUUAGUUCACAAUUAAAAGCACAGAUAUAAAAUAAAGUUAAUGAAUAUACAUGUAUUUUUGCAUUGUUACAGAUGGUAAAGAUUCAGAUUUGUUUGAGUUGUUAAGGGAAAGAAAGAAAACAAGCAAGUAAGCUCUUGAAACGGAGUUGAAUUUGUCAACCGAGUCAAUCAUCUUGGUUGUAGUUCCUUCAAAUUUGUGCUCAGACUUCCUCCAAAUGUUCUUCCUCAUGUAUGUUUUUUCAACUGUUGGUUUUGUUUUGAUGACACAGCGAGAGGUUUUUGUUUGGGUAAUGGUUUGGUAUUAAUGCUCUCGAGGACAGGAUCGGAACAUCCACGUACCUGUGAAAGAGUGUCUGCUCUGGGUGGAAAUUCUCGAUUCUCGAUUGUCAAGAAUUGUUUUUAGUUACUGUUGUUAUUUUAAAGUCGUUUUUGGAGUUGAACGACAAUGCGGGCGUCUUGAGAGCUGUCGUUGUGUGUUCCUGCAGUGUUUGGAUUUGUUUGUUUGGUUUUUUUUGUGCACUGAAGCCCCCGCGGGACAAGUCAAGAACACGGACGGGCAAGUAUUAAAUCAAAAGAGAGUUCCGAAUAACAAGUCACGGAGAAACGUAUAAUCAUGAUGUUUUCAGUAAGGAGAUGUUUAUUUAAAUAUUUUAGGGAAGGAGUCUCCAGCGUUCUCUUUACGGGUUCUCUGUAACAAGCUGAGGUUUAAGACGAAGGAAAAAAGAGGCUGUUGACGGAACGACUGUUUAUAGCUACUGUAAUGUAAGUAACAAACUUAUAACGUAAUGUAACUACAAAUGGAUUAAAAGUAGGCUACGAUGUGUCGCUCGUCGAUUAAAUUAAUAAUUGUAAUUAAUAAUUUCCGGUAAAUCGGAAUAAAACUACAGGAUGCUACUGACGUAUUCUCGUGUCGCGUUAUGAGAAAACGCACCGUCCGUCAGCCAGAGAAACAAAUCUCAUCUCGUUUUAUUAGAAUCGGUUGUAGUUUAUUUUUCCAUUCUUCCUAAUAAAACACGUACGCAGACAGAGCAACAAAGGUAGUUUAUUUCUAGAGCGCUAACAUGCUAGCUGUUACGUUAGACUGAGGAACGCUUUGCGAGUUCUGUUCCGGGAAGGUCGUUAAAUCUAUUUUCGUAAAAGAUUAUUAUUAAAUAAAAAUCUAGCCAUUUAUUUUUGUUUGCUAUGAUUUUGAACUAUUAUUCGAGAAUGCCUGUUCUUGUUUGUUAUACAAGCUUGAAGAAGAAUAAAGGAUUUUAUUGGAUAAAA